AUGGCGGCAUUCGAGCUGCUGCUGCGCGCCGCUGGCGUGGACGGCAUGAUCGCAUCGAGGGAGUCCCACGAAGAUCACGGUUCUCCUUCGGCCGUCGACGCUCCCUGCAAGAAUUCUCUGACGUUGAACGGCCUUCAUACUACGACUUUUCUGCCCUUGGGAAGAGGAUCGUGGACGUUGGCCAAUCGCAAGAGGUCGCCAAAUACAGGUGCCUUAGAGCCGGGUUCGCCAUGGACUGCACUGAGAGAGUUGGCGUCCGCAGCAUCUGACAAAUCUCUGAGCAUGAGUGAAGGAAAUUUGGGGGAGCUCAAGGAGCGAUCGUCAAGUCCACAGGGCGCCAAGCUCUCAUGCAGCACAGCCCCUGAUUCCAGGUCUACGGAAACAUGCCAAAGGCACAAGUUCAGGCGCAGCAACUCUGGCAGUCGUGCGGCAAGCUCUCCAGAUAUGCAGCACUACACACCAGGGCAAGGAGGUGACAGGCGUAGUGACCUUCAAGCCGACACAGUGCUCAUGCCACAAUCUGACAGUCAACAAGGUCUUAGGAAUGGCUACCAGCAGAUGCCCCAGUGGUGUAGAGAUUUCGAAGCACCACACAGCCAGGCAGGGCGGCUUCUGCGCACAGAGUCCAAACCAAAGUACACGUCGAGAAUAUUGGCGGGAGAUGAGCUGUCAUCUCUGGUGGAGAUAGGCAAUCGAUUGGGUAUAGUGACCCCAACAGCAGAGGAGCAAUUGGCGGCCCCACAGUUGCCCAAGAGGCUGUUUGGCCGUUAUCAAAGCGUCUACAAGGGAAUCAGGCACAGGAGGAGCAAGAACAAGAAGAUGUUAAAAUGGGACGUUAUAUUCCACGCUGGUGGUGUGUUAACCAAACUAGGUACAUAUGAGGACGAAGCCCUUGGUGCGCGGGUGUGGGACUUGCAGGCACUGAGAGUGCGGGGAGCGUUCACCUGGAUUAAUUUCCCACACCUCAGAAAUUUCUACCUUGCAGAGCUGUCCAAGAUAGGAGAGAAGGUUCAAGGUUCAGAUGAGGCCCUUGCCUGCCAACGUCCACUUGCGUGCGAGGUUGUGGAGCCUCCUGCUGUUCAACAUAGGCCACCAGCAACUCUGAUUGUCCCCAUGAACGAAUCACAGCACAGUGAGGGCAAAGCUGUCAGUACAGCACCUGAGGCACCUCCUCCUGCAGCAGUCCCCACACAAACUCAACCCUGCAACUUGCAAAUCCCUACACCAGGAACUCCACAAACCAUGUCUGCAAGGCCACCUGCACCAGCUCCGCAACUGGAAGAAACCGGAAUGGAAGAGAGUGGUCUACAGAUGUUGAGCACAUUGAUGCCAAGACAUACCCAAUCAAUGGGUGACAACCGAUUCCCAGAUACACACGCAGGACACACAGAGGAAUCCUGGGAGGGCUUCUUGCAACUCGUCAAGUGGAUCAUAAUGGGUGUUGUGAAGACAGCUGACAAGGAUGUACAGACAGGUGUAGGCCUUCUUAAACGAGCCAUGGACAUCUCCAGCAUCUGUGAAAAAUCGUGGCAAGCACAGCAGGUGAAUCCGUCAGUUGCGUCCCGGCUGAGGGAUAUCGGCGAAUCCCUGAGGCGGGAUGUCAAGUCGUCGCUCCGCGCGGCCAUGACCAGAAAGGAGGCGGCCAAGAAGUUCCUCGGCAAGGUCGACGCCUUUCUCAGCGCGCCCAACCUCAGGGCCGCCUUCGCGCAUCAGCCGACCAAGCUGAACGGGGCCAGGGUGGCUUGA